CAGUACUGUAGACCAUAUAAUUUACCAGCUCUACAUUUUUUAUUUAAUCUAGACUAGUUAAUCAUACAUAAAUACAUAAUGCAAGCGAGAGAUUAUAAUAUUUCUGUGCUUUUGCGCUUGGAGUCACUUGACAUUCCUCAGACUGGCAUUUUACCCACCCUAAUCAUGGCGGUUGUGUCCUACUGCUUCAUCCUCACCUGCAACCUCACCAUUUUACUGGCCAUUGCUCUGGAUCACAACCUCCACAAGCCAAUGUAUAUUCUCCUUUUUAAUUUGUCCAUCAAUGAUUUAAUGGGAGCAACAGCUUUUUUUCCACAGCUUAUUAACAGCAUCCACCUGCAGCACCGGAACAUCUCGUACCCAGCCUGUGUGUUCCAGGCGCUGACGGUGCACCUGUACUGUGCUGGAGCUUUAACCAUCCUUACAGUCAUGGCCUACGAUCGCUAUGUGGCUAUCUGCCGGCCACUGCAUUAUCACACCAUCAUGACCCCCAGCACCCUAAUUAAGAUGAUUGUGGGGAUAUGGGUGACUGAUUUGGUGUUAGUUGGGACUUUGUUCCUCUUGCUCACCCCAUUCAGCUUAUGUCAAACUUUUAUUUCUGACGUGUACUGUAACAACCCUUCCAUUAUGAAAUUGAUCUGUGACAACACCACUGUGAAUAAUUUCUAUGGGCUAUCUCUGUCUGUGUUUCUUCAGGGGGUGUCCAGUAUUGCGGUCGUGUUCACCUACAUACAGAUUCUAAAAACCUGUCUGCACAAUAAGCAGUCCAACACCAAAAGCAAGGCCAUCCGAACCUGUGCGACCCACCUGGUGGUGUUUACAGUGUUUCAAGUCACUACAAUUUUCACAAUUAUGUCUCACAGAUUCAGUCAGGUGUCCCCCUAUCUGCGGAGAUCUGUGGGAAGCUCCUUUUUAAUUUUUCCUCCCAUUCUAAAUCCACUCAUAUAUGGCCUCAGCACCAAAGAAAUACGAGGUAAAGUGAUGUUUCUCUUCAACAGAAACAAAAUCAACUUCAAAAAGUGAGCACAGAAUAAGAGUGGGUAAAACCUAUAGCUGUAUUAACAUUGUAAAACAAAAAAUACAUUGACUGUAUUUUUACUUAAUUUUAAACAAUUGCUUUUAUACAAUUUAUUUAUUUAGAGUUGAGUUAAGUUUGCCACACAAUGAAUUUGUAUAGAGUAAUAAAUAUAUAAAUGUAUAUAGGACAAAUAUAUAAAAAUGUCUAUGUGUUCGGGGUGGGAUGGGGGGUGGUAAAAGGAUUGUUAGAUGAAAGACUGGGCAUCCCAUAUGAGAGUAGACUGUUUUACACUCAAUCCUGCACUUUAAAAAAAAUAACAUUGUGAAACGUACAGUAACCUACCCUGGUAUUGUUGUAAGGAUACAUCGGCACUUGAAGUAUAAAAUUAAAUAACUUUGAAAUAUUGUA